AGCGCGAGCGAGAGAGAGAGAGAGCGAGAUGAAGGGGCUGACGCUGUUGCUCUCCGUGGCCUGGGCCAUGACCCUCCUCUACGGCGAGAUGGUCGCCUUCUUGAAGCCCCUCUGGGCUUGCUCCUGGCCUCCUAUGGCCGCCACCACCGCCUCCGGUAACCCCUCGGGAAUGAAUGAUCAUGUGAAAGUUGCUGUCUUGGCUGAUCCACAGCUUAUGGACAGGACCUCCCUUGGACUUCCUUCAGGAUCACUGGCUCUAGAGGCUGCUCAAUUUUAUACAGAUAUCUACAUGAGAAGAUCUUUCCAUUCAUCAGUUUUGCCCUUCAAGCCUGAUUUGAUUCUAUUUCUUGGUGAUAUGUUUGAUGGUGGUCCUUACUUGUCAGAUCAAGAGUGGCAGGAAUCUUUAAACCGUCUGAGACAUAUGUUCAAGCUUAAUAAUAAGGGAAGAAAUUCAUACAUCCCAGUUUAUUACCUUUCUGGAAAUCAUGAUAUUGGCUAUUCUGGUCUCUAUUCAUUGUAUCCAAAGGUGGUCUCUCGGUUUGAGAAUGAAUUUGGAGCAAGAAACUACCGCUUCCUUGUUGGAAAAGUGGAGUUUAUCAUUGUUGAUGCCCAAACUCUUGAUGGGCCUAAAGACGACAAUCAAACUUCUUUAUCAUGGAAUUUUAUCAGAAAUAUAUCCAAAGAUUCUACACAUCCAAGGGUUUUGUUGACACAUAUACCAUUAUAUCGGCCUGAUGGUACACCUUGUGGCUCACACCGCUCUUCCCCUGUUAUCAAUCAGAGGGUUUCUUUUGCCAGUCCUGGUCAAGGAAUAACCUAUCAAAAUUAUCUUACUAAGGAAACGUCAGACGGUUUACUGGAUGCUGUUAAACCUAUUCUUGUAUUGUCUGGUCAUGACCAUGAUCAAUGUACUGUCACCCAUUCUACUCCUUUUGGACCUGUAGAAGAGCACACCCUAGGGACAUUCAGUUGGCAGCAGGGUAACCUUUAUCCAUCAUUCAUGCUUCUGACUGCAACCUCACGAUCAUCUUCAAUUGAAAGUGACUCCAAGAAUGCAGUUUCUACGCAUCUAUGUUUUCUUCCAAUGCAAACACACAUUUACAUAUGGUAUAUAGCCCAAUUUAUGAUCACACUUUUCUUGCUCAUCAUUUGGCCGAGGAAUGGUUUCAGUUGUUUGGGCCAUUACGUGGAUAUCAUCAAAGGAAUGGGAAGAAGUUUGUUGACCACUUCUAAAGAGAAAGAUGAUGAAGAUUGUGAAUAUGAGAUGGUAUGGGAUGCAGAGGGAUCAAUGCAUCUUGUCAAGAAAGCAUCAAACAGAACCCAGCCUACGAAGUCCGAUUUAGGAUCAACCGGAAGGGGUAAUGCUGUUGUCCGGCCAUCAGCAAGAAAGAACAUCACUCCGGAGCAAGAUGCAUCAGUCUUUGUAGAGAUGGCUGGUGAUUCAAGGUCAGGGAAUACGGCGAAAACGUCAAAAUUUAGCAAUUCGAGAAUGAGGAAGUUGAUUCAGAGAGUGAUUUCGGUCGUUCAAGCUCUUGUGAUCAUUGCUGCUGUGAAUGUCCCACUCUACAUCAUGUUGUUGUUCAAGGAUUGGAUCUAAAGGAACAAUUCUACAAUAUGAAAGAGGCUGAUUCAUUAACUUGAGAGAUUAGAAUAGUUAGUACUUUAUAGAAGUAAUGACUGGUCUAUGUAAUUUUAUGAACAAUAAUGCUUUUAUACUCAAGUCUGAACUGGAGGUGGAUUGAAUUUUUAUAACACAGGGUUAUCUGGAUUAUAUAGAAAUAAAUCAUUGACUUAAAUAUUUCA